CAUCCUCAUCAUCAUCCUCAUCAUGAUGUGUGUAUGCUCCAGGACUCUGGCUGCUCUCCUCUGGCUCUUCGCCGCCGCCUGCUGCGCUCCUGCCGGGCAGCCUGUGCACGAUGCGUGCGUGGACGUGCGGAGGAGCUCUCUGGAGCUCAAUGACAUCGCUCACACUGUAUCAAUAGAGGCACGAAAUGGAUCCAAAGAUGUGACAGAUUUCACCACUGCACUCGUUUGGAUGGAGGCCAAAGACAUGUGUGACCCUGAGACCCUGAAACAGAAGUCUGAGACAUGUCUCGGGAAGAUGCUGGACGUCCUGACGAGCUACAGGUCUGCGGUGGAGAGGCUCGCCGGGUUCGAGAGCUGCUCGGAGUCUGUCAUCAAAGUGACGAACAAACUGCACAAACUGCACCAAGACAUGAGCAAAUGUGUGAGGUCCAAGAAGUCAGGGACGGACCACCAGAAGGAGUCCAACAGCAGGAAAGAAGACAUCCAGCCCGUUGACCUCUGGGAGGAGGCUCUGCUGUGCCACUACACCAUGGACAGACUCUUCUCCUUCUCCAUCUUCACCGCUCGAGUCUUUGCCGUCGGCGACCCGGCUCAUCACACGGAGGGCUCGGCUCAGAGGUGCAUGUAGAGCGUGAACGAGCAUCCUGUGUGUGUGAUCACAUUGAUCAAAGCCUCCAUAUACAGCCUCCACUGGCUGAUAUCUACAACAGUGUUUCCACUCUUGUUCCUCCCCAUGUGUACAUGGAAUGUAUUUCCAAUGGAAUUAUUAUCUAACAUAUUUAUUCAAUUCAUAUUUAUUGUAUUUAUUUAUUGGUAUUUAUUGAAAUCAGUUGAUGUCCUUUUUAUGCAGAAUAAAUCUAAUAUUCAAACCCUUUCUUCAUCACUGUCGUUUUGUGGUUCAUAGAUGUUGUCACAGUGUUUUUUUGUACCCAUUGUUCCUUCCACUGAAAACAGCUCAUGAAGGAACUUCAGGAAGUUACCGGCGCUUUCUGUGAAUGAAAUUCCAAAACAACAGUCAGACAGAUAAAUAGUGAGAGGAGGAGGAAGCUGUGCUUUCCUGAAACAGUCCUGCUGCUCUCCGGAGAUCCACAGCUUCCUGCAGACUUCCUCCCCGUCAGUGCGGUCUAUUGUAGAGUUCCCUCACACACUCUGAUGGUGCAAUGUUGCUAGUAAUUCAAUACAAAAGGA